GCGCGCCUCCGUAACCGUUUCGCUAUCGGCUGUCAUUCUGUAAAUCGCAUUCAACCGGUCGCGUUCAGCAGCCCCGUAAGCCCCCGAUGUGCUUUUAGUGUUGUCUGUGCGCAGUGUUUAGGCCAUGGCGGACGCCGACAGCAAGGACCGCUACGAUCCCGAACUGAAGUACCUCUGCGUGGACCGGAACAACUUCAACGACCCGGCCACCCAGGCCGAGUGGACCCAGAAGCGGCUGGUAUGGGUGCCGCACGAGGCGCAGGGCUUCGUCGCCGCCAGCAUCAAGGGCGAGCGCGGCGACGAGGUCGAGGUGGAGCUCCAGGAGACGGGGAAGCGCACCACCGUCGCCAGAGACGACAUCCAGAAGAUGAACCCGCCCAAGUUCGACAAGGUCGAGGACAUGGCGGAACUCACCUGCCUCAACGAGGCCUGUGUCUUGCACAACUUGAAAGACAGAUACUAUUCGGGACUGAUUUAUACUUACUCCGGCCUAUUUUGCGUCGUUGUCAACCCCUACAAAAAGCUCCCUAUUUACACAGAAAAAAUUAUGGAACGCUACAAGGGCAUUAAGCGACACGAAGUGCCUCCUCAUGUCUUUGCCAUAACCGACACGGCCUAUCGUUCGAUGUUACAAGAGCGAGAAGACCAGUCUAUACUUUGUACGGGCGAGUCAGGUGCCGGUAAAACAGAAAACACGAAAAAAGUCAUUCAGUAUUUGGCCUAUGUUGCCGCCUCGAAGUCACCAAAAGGCUCAGGAGCGCAGAAAGACCUUAUUAGUCCCACGAGAGAAUUCUCGGGCGGUUUGGAGCAACAACUGUUACAAGCCAAUCCGAUCCUUGAAGCUUUUGGUAACGCAAAAACAAUCAAAAACGACAAUUCUUCCAGAUUUGGAAAAUUCAUUCGGAUAAAUUUCGACGCUUCCGGUUACAUAGCCGGUGCAAACAUCGAGACUUACCUUCUUGAAAAAUCACGUGCCAUACGACAAGCCAAGCAGGAACGAACCUUCCAUAUCUUCUACCAACUAUUGGCUGGAGCUUCCGCCGAGCAGAAAAAGGAGUUUAUUCUCGAGGACCCAAAAUCGUACCCAUUCCUUCGUGAAGACAAUCACAUAGUGCCCGGAGUGGACGAUUCGGCCGAGUUCCAGGCCACCGUCAAGAGUAUGAAUAUAAUGGGGAUGACGAACGAAGAUUUCAGUGCCAUUUUCCGCGUUGUUUCGGCCGUAAUGCUCUUCGGAACGAUGCAAUUCAAACAGGAUCGUAAUUCGGAUCAGGCGACGUUACCCGACAACACGGUGGCGCAAAAAAUCGCCCAUUUGUUGGGUCUGUCUGUAACUGACAUGACCAAGGCUUUCCUCAAACCCAGGAUUAAGGUCGGGAGGGAUUUCGUCACGAAGAGCCAAACGAAGGAGCAGGUGGAAUUCGCCGUGGAAGCCAUCUCCAAAGCGUGCUACGAACGCAUGUUCCGCUGGUUGGUCACUCGAAUCAACCGUUCCUUAGGCCGCACUAAGCGUCAAGGUGCCAGUUUUAUCGGCAUUCUUGAUAUUGCCGGUUUUGAAAUCUUCGAACUCAACUCUUUCGAACAACUGUGUAUCAACUACACCAAUGAAAAAUUGCAACAACUCUUCAAUCACACGAUGUUCAUCCUGGAACAAGAAGAAUACCAACGUGAAGGCAUCGAAUGGAAAUUCAUCGAUUUCGGACUCGAUCUGCAACCCACCAUUGACCUCAUCGACAAACCAAUGGGAAUUAUGGCACUUUUAGACGAAGAGUGUCUGUUCCCGAAAGCCACUGAUAAGACUUUUGUUGAUAAAUUGGUCAGUGCACACUCAGUGCACCCGAAAUUCAAAAAGAGUGAUUUCCGAGGUGUUGCCGAUUUUUCGAUCAUUCAUUACGCCGGUAAAGUAGAUUACUGUGCCAAUCAAUGGUUGAUGAAAAAUAUGGACCCGCAAAAUGAGAAUGUGGUCUCGCUGUUGCAAGCGUCCCAAGAUCCGUUCGUUGUCCACAUUUGGAAAGACGCCGAAAGUAUCGGCCGCGCCAAAGGAAUGUUUAGAACUGUUUCGUAUUUGUAUAAAGAACAGUUGGCUAACCUUAUGGUGACUUUGCGUAACACCAAUCCAAACUUCGUACGUUGUAUUAUCCCUAACCACGAAAAACGGGCGGGAAAAAUCGAUGCUCCUUUGGUUUUGGACCAACUGAGGUGUAAUGGUGUCCUUGAAGGCAUCCGAAUUUGCCGGCAAGGUUUCCCCAAUAGAAUACCAUUCCAGGAGUUUAGGCAAAGAUACGAACUUUUGACACCGAAUGUCAUUAACAAGGGUUUCAUGGACGGUAAGAAGGCCUGCGAGACCAUGAUCAAAAGUCUGGAACUGGACCAGAACUUGUACAGAAUCGGCCAAUCGAAGAUUUUCUUCCGCGCCGGUGUUUUGGCACAUUUGGAGGAAGAACGCGAUUACAAAAUCACCGAUUUGAUCGUAAAUUUCCAAGCGUUCUGUCGCGGUUUCUUGUCGCGAAGGAAUUACCAAAAACGCGUCCAACAAUUGAACGCAAUCCGAAUCAUUCAACGCAAUUGUUCGGCUUACCUCAAGUUGCGUAAUUGGCAGUGGUGGCGCCUCUACACCAAAGUCAAACCCUUGCUAGAGGUGACCAAACAAGAGGAGAAGUUGAUGCAAAAAGAAGACGAAUUGAAGCAAGUCAAAGACAAGUUAGAGCACCACAUCAAAGCGGCAAAAGAAUUCGAAACCAAGUACCAACAAGCCCAAGAAGAGAAAGUCAUGCUUCAGGAGCAACUGCAAGCCGAGGUGGAAUUGUGUGCCGAGGCUGAAGAAAUGAGAGCGCGUCUAACGGCCCGCAAGCAAGAACUCGAAGAGAUUCUUCACGACUUGGAGGCCAGGAUCGAGGAGGAGGAAGAAAGGGCGAACACUUUGAGUAACGACAAGAAGAAAUUGCAAUUAACGAUCCAAGAUUUGGAAGAACAGUUGGAGGAGGAGGAAGGUGCCAGGCAAAAAUUGCAGUUGGAAAAAGUCCAGUGUGACGCUAAAAUUAAAAAACUGGAAGAAGACCUGGCUUUGAGCGAGGACACGAAUCAAAAGUUGCUCAAGGAGAAGAAGGUUUUGGAGGAGCGUAGCAACGACCUGAGCCAGGCUUUGGCCGAAGAAGAAGAAAAAGCCAAGCAUUUGGCGAAACUAAAAGCCAAACACGAGGCAACCAUUGCCGAACUGGAAGAACGCCUCCUUAAAGACCACCAACAGCGCCAAGAAUCCGACCGAACCAAGCGCAAAGUCGAAACAGAAGUCAACGACUUGAAGGAACAACUUGCCGAGAAAAAAUCACAACUUGAAGAAUUGCAAUUACAGUUGGGCAAAAGAGAGGAGGAGUUGGCCCAGGCUAUGGUCCGAGUCGACGAAGAAGGCGCCCUUAAGGCCCAAGCCCAGAAAGCCCUCCGGGAGAUGGAAAGCCAACUCAGCGAACUACAAGAGGAUUUAGAAGCGGAAAAAGCCGCCAGGAGCAAGGCCGAAAAAUUAAAACGCGACUUAAACGAAGAACUUGAAGCGUUGAAAAACGAACUACUGGACUCACUUGAUACCACAGCCGCCCAACAAGAAUUGCGUUCAAAACGUGAACAAGAACUCGCCAAUUUGAAGAAGAACUUGGAAGAGGAGAACCAAGUCCAUGAAGCGACUUUGGCCGACAUGCGCCACAAACACACCCAAGAACUGGCUUCCUUGAACGAACAAUUGGAAAAUAUCAAGAAACAGAAAGCCAGUAUCGAAAAAGCGAAGCAAGGACUCGAAGCCGAAAACGCCGACUUGACAAGCGAGUUGCGAAAUGUCGGAGCGAGUCGACAAGAAGGCGAACGGCGAAGAAAACAAGCCGAGAGCCAAUUGGUCGAAAUCCAAGGCAAGCUGGGCGAAAUUGAACGAGCUCGAGCCGAACUUGCCGAAAAAAAUCAAAAACUACAACAGGAGAUGGACAAUGUGGUCCAACAGCUGGAGGAAGCCGAACUGAAAGCGUCCGCAGCUGUGAAGAAUCAAGGAACUAUCGAAUCGCAAUUUGCCGAGGCACAAAGUGCCCUGGAGGAGGAGACACGCCAGAAGUUGGCUUUGAGUUCGAAACUGCGCCAAUUGGAGUCGGACAAGGAGAAUUUGCAAGAACAGAUCGAGGAGGAGGAAGAAGCGAAGAAAAAUCUCGAGAAACAAUUGAACGCGGUUAUGGUCCAACUGGCCGAAGCGAAGAAAAAGGCCGAAGAUGAGGCCGAACAAUCGGCGAUUUUGGAAGAAAGCAAGAAGAAACUGGCCAAAGAUUUGGAGUUGUUGCAACGUCAAGUCGAGGAAUUGACCGCGGCCAACGACAAGUUGGAGCGAAGCAAGAAGAAGAUCGCCGCCGAACUGGAAGAUACUAACAUUGAUUUGGAGGCGCAGCGCCAGAAAGUGGCCGAGCUGGAGAAGAAGCAGAAGAAUUUCGAUAAAGUCUUGGCCGAAGAAAAGCAAGUCAGUGAGCAACUGAUGGCGGAAAAAGACGCCGCUGAGCGAGAAGCCCGCGAGAAGGAAACUCGAGUCUUGUCACUGAGCCGCGAACUGGACGAAUCCAACGUCAAAGUUGAAGAACUGGAACGCAUCAAGCGCCAACUUCAGGCCGAACUGGACGAACUGGUCAAUAAUCAAGGCACCGCCGACAAGAACGUGCACGAGUUGGAGAAAGCCAAACGUUCGCUUGAAACCCAACUGGCGGAACUGAAAGCCCAGAACGAAGAACUGGAAGAUGAGCUACAACUCACCGAAGAUGCAAAACUCCGACUUGAGGUGAACAUGCAAGCAUUGCGGGCGCAAUUCGAACGCGACGUCCAAGCCAAGGAGGAGCAAGCCGAGGAGAAACGCCGCGGAAUCGUCAAACAAUUGCGCGAUUUGGAGGCCGAACUGGACGAAGAACGGAAGCAAAGAGCGGCCGCAGUCACCGCUCGAAAGAAACUCGAAGGCGAUUUGAAAGAGCUCGAAGCUCAGAUCGAAAUGCAAUGCAAGAUGAAAGAAGACGCGUUGAAACAGUUGAAGAAGUCGCAACAGCAGUGCAAGGAGGCGGUGCGAGACGCCGAAGAAGCGCGCGCUUCGCGCGACGAACUCGCCGCCGGGUGUAAAGAAGCCGAACGUAAAGUUAAAGCACUCGAAGCUGAGGUGCUUCAAUUGAGCGAAGAUCACGCCAGUUCGGAGCGCGCUCGUCGAGCUGCCGAAGCCGAACGCGAUGAACUGCUCGAAGAGGUUAAUAAUACGAACAGUAAGGGGGCGUUGUUGAUCGAUGAGAAGCGGCGUCUUGAAGCUAGGAUUGCCACGCUUGAGGAGGAGAUUGAAGAGGAGCAGAGUAACAAUGAACUGUUGCAAGACCGGGCAAGGAAGGCACAGUUGACUAUUGAGCAAUUGACGAGUGAGUUGGCCACGGAACGAUCACUGGCUCAGAAACAAGAGUCGGGUAAAUUGCUGCUCGAGAGACAGAAUAAGGAGUUGAAGGCCAAGUUGAGUGAGUUGGAGACGGCACAAAGGACCAAGACGAAGGCGACGAUCGCGGCGUUGGAGAGCAAGAUUGGGAAUUUGGAGGAGCAGUUGGAGGUCGAGGCCAAGGAGAGGUUGGCGCAGCAAAAGACCAACCGGAAGUUGGACAAGAAGUUGAAGGAGUUGGUCAUGCAGUUGGAGGAUGAGCGGAGACAUGCCGACCAGUAUAAGGAGCAAGUGGAUAAGGCGAACGCACGGGUUAAGACGCUGAAGCGGCAGUUGGAUGAGGCCGAGGAAGAGAUAACGAGGGAGAAGGCGCAGAAGAGGAAAGUGCAAAGGGAUUAUGAGGAUAUGCUGGAGAGUAAUGAAUCAAUGACGCGGGAGCUUAACAGUCUUAAGACCAAACUGAGGCGCGGGACUGGGGCUAGUAGCGGCAUGGGUCUGCCCAGACUCAGCGGUCGGGGCUCCAUCCAGUCCGGGGGCAACGGCUCCGGUGACGAUUCCACAACCCAGGAUGACGCCAUAGACGGCGAAGACGCCCCCAAUUAGGUCGCAUUUUUACGCAUUCGGUUGUAAAUAUAUUUGUAUAUCCCUUAUUAGUACUUAGCAUUUUUAAUAUGCGCAUUUUGUGGAUUAUUUGUAAAAAUCGGACAGUCAGUUCGGCGCUUAAUCAGUAUCAGUAAUCAAGUUCAUUAUUUUUUUUAUUUAUAGUUUUUUUAUUAAUUUUAAUAUCGUGCUUUAUAGUGAUUAAUUUGUACUUUUAACAGUUGAUUGCAUUUAUUUAUAUGAAAGUCUACUUGCUUAAUUUGUUUCUAGGGUUUCAUCGUACUUUACCUUUUAUAAAUUUAGGAAUUAGUUGGAAGCAUCAGCAUUUAAAUAACAUUUAUGUAUCUAUUAAUAAUAAUAAUCAAUAAUCGCUAACGACAAAUGACAUUUUUUAUACAACAUUUAUAGGAUUAUAUAUUUUGUAAAAAAAUCCCGCUAGCAUCGAGGAAAUUUUGAUAUUUGACGUUUUUGUAUAAAAAAUUUCAGGUUUUUGUAUGUAUAUAUCCUUUUCAUGUAUAAAAAAUAUAUACAUAUUUUGGGUUUCGGGCUGAUUUAUUUGUACUUUAACGAGUUCAAUAAAAUCGUAAAAAAGU